UAAGUAGAAGAAGAAAAGACUCUUUUACUGUGUUUACGACGACGACGAGCUUUUCUCAAAACCCUAAAAUCUCGCUCUCCGUCUCCGGAUCCUAAUUCUCGAACAUGGCGUCUCUUGUUCAACCAUCGCCUACUUUGCCGGCGCUACAUCUCCGCCGCUCUUCUCUGAUUCGUCCCCCUUCUUCUUCUUCUUCCGUUCGAUUUCCUCUCAAGUGUAACGCGGCGGAUCCGUACAAGUUCGACGGCGGAAACUCCUCCGGUUUUCAUCUGCUUACAGGCGACACCGUUCCCGCAAGUUUUUCGAGGACUCGUUUGGAAGAUUCGAUUUACAAGAACACCACACGCCUCCGUAUCUUUUCCGGCACUACUAAUCCUGCCUUAGCUCAGGAGAUUUCUUGCUAUUUGGGUCUGGAUCUUGGGAAAAUUAAGAUUAAACGUUUUGCUGAUGGUGAGAUCUAUGUUCAGCUGCAAGAGAGUGUUAGGGGAUGCGAUGUGUUCCUUGUACAGCCUACAUGCCCACCUGCUAAUGAAAACCUUAUGGAAUUGCUUGUUAUGAUUGAUGCUUGUCGGAGAGCAUCUGCCAAAACUAUCACCGCUGUGAUUCCUUACUUUGGUUAUGCUCGAGCUGAUAGAAAGACUCAAGGACGUGAAUCUAUUGCAGCUAAGCUUGUGGCAAAUUUGAUAACACAGUCUGGUGCAGACCGUGUCCUUGCUUGUGAUCUUCACUCAGGACAGUCUAUGGGCUACUUUGACAUUCCAGUCGAUCAUGUUUAUGGCCAGCCUGUGAUACUUGAUUACCUAGCAAGUAAGGGCAUAUCCUCUGAUGAUUUGGUGGUAGUUUCACCUGAUGUUGGUGGUGUCGCAAGGGCUCGUGCUUUUGCCAAGAAGUUAUCUGAUGCACCUUUAGCAAUAGUUGAUAAAAGACGUCAUGGGCACAAUGUUGCAGAGGUGAUGAACUUAAUUGGGGAUGUUAAAGGGAAAGUAGCUAUAAUGGUGGACGACAUGAUUGACACAGCAGGAACUAUAAGCAAAGGUGCGGCUCUGUUACACCAAGAAGGAGCAAGAGAAGUAUACGCCUGUACCACUCAUGCUGUUUUUAGUCCUCCUGCAAUCAGCAGACUAUCGAGCGGACUGUUUCAAGAGGUUAUCAUAACCAACACGAUUCCUUUGUCAGAGAAAAACUAUUUUCCUCAGCUUACAGUUCUCUCAGUAGCAAACCUUUUGGGGGAGACCAUAUGGCGUGUUCACGAUGAUUGCUCGGGAGCCAUUGAGCCAUUUUCGACAUUGGGGAUUGAUUGAGUGAUGCAACAGCGGUAAAGAAUCGACUUGCAGACUCUCACAGUAGUAUGAAUUUUCUGAUAAUGUACAAAUUCUUUUGUGUUGUAAAUGUUAGACGUGAGUGAUUGUUAAGAACAGAACACUUUUGUAGAGAAGAGAGUAAUGGAACCAGCUUUUUGAACUUCUAA